GGUGCUAACGCCAUUAUUAUUAUCUUGACAAGACCUCUCUUAAUUGCAGAUCGUGGACAGCCGUCGUAUCCAAGGGACCAACGCAAAGCUCACCAGAAACCCUGCUUUGAGGACUCGAUUAAGGCCACCUUCAUCCAUGACGACGACACCACUGUCAAGGGGGACGAGGUGAUCGAGCCUCUACACGAGGAUGAGCCGGACACCGCGAACCCACACAAGACCCCAGCUGAUCAGCAGCAGCAGCAACAGAGCAAGCGGAAGCGGUGGCUGCGACAGGCGGUAUCAGUCGACGGUGAACGCGUUCCUGGCAAACUGCUGCAUCAGUGCAGUCUUGACCACGGCUACAUGUAUCGGAAGUCAAUGCCGAUAAACGACACCGACGAUAGCAAACUGCCACAGGGAGACUCCGGUGACGUUGACCUUGAAGACUUCCAAUCACAGCGGGACCUUGUGGAACAAGAACUCAGACGUCAGUCAAAGGCUCCUCCUGGCGUCAGCAUCAGGGAUCUCCUCGCCUGCGGAUCAAUAAUCGAAGACGAAGAUGGGGAGGACGAGGAGGAGGAGAAAGACGUGGAAAGCGUGGUGACUAAGAAUUGCAGUAACACUGCCAGCUAA